AUGGAAGGCUACGACUAUAAUCCUUCGACCGGCACAUAUGUGCGCAACCCGCACUUCCGUCCUUCGCACCCUCCACCGCUACCGCCGAAGGAAUAUGACUCCGUGAAAGAGACCCAGACUGCGCCGGCCGAACUCGAAGCUUCGUUAAGCUCGGCGGGAUCGUUCAUCUCGGUCGACUCGCAGCAACCGAAGCGGCGCAAGGUGCGCGUCCUCUCGCUCGAUGGCGGAGGCAUCAGAGGGUACUCAACGCUCGUCAUCUUGGGCGAGUUGAUGCACCAGGUGUAUGUGCAAGAGAACGGCGGCCGCGCGCCAAGGUCACCACAAGACCUGCCGCGUCCAUGUGACUAUUUUGAUCUCAUCGGCGGAAAUGGAACUGGUGGUUUGAUCGCGCUGAUGCUCGGGCGCAUGCGCAUGGACGUUGAGUCCUGCAAGUCUUACUACGUCUCUUUAACGCGCUUCGUCUUCAUCACCGACAAGACCAUCCUGGGAAUGCCCUAUGGCAAGACGUUGUUCAAAGCGUCGCGGCUUGAAGAGGCAAUCAAGCAUUGUGUGCGCGAGUCGACACGCUUCGAUUCCGAAAAGAUCGUCCCGCACUCCCCGCCGCCGGCAGAACCCACGUCACCGCAGUCAUUGGUGCACCGGCGUACCGAUUCUUGGCGCCGUCGGCGAAGCGAGAGCGCCGGUCAGAGUGAAGAGCGAGGGAGGACUGGACGGCCGCGAAGGAAUGUCGGUAAUCCUGAUGCGCCGUUGUACGAUACGCGCGAGGGUGCAUGCAAGACUUUUGUCACGGCAAUGCUGGAAGGUAGCAGGAAGGGUGCUCCGCCAGUUCUGCUGCGAUCCUAUCCGUCGCCGGCGGAGAGCAUGCCCUCCUAUCGCACUACAAUAUGGCAGGCUGGCCGUGCUACCUGUGCCACCGCCGCAGCGUUCAAGAGCGUCACAAUCGACCACCUCACCUUUCUGGAUGAAGGCAACGGCAUGUACAACCCAGCCUUCCAAGUUCUGGACGAAGCACAUAUCCAUGAGUUUCCCGACUGUGAUAUCGCUGUCUUUGUCUCUGUCGGCACGGGCAAGCGGCAGAAGUCGAACAACACCCGAGAAGAGAAACGCGAUUGGUGGGAGGGUGUCGCAUUCGAGGGUUUUGCGGAGGCGAAGCGCAGAUUGAUCCGUCGUAUCGACGAUUGCGAGCGCGUGCACCGUGAGCUGGUCGAUGGCGAUGAUGGCGGGCGGCCGAAGCUGGCGCAAGGCGGUGUAUCUACCCAGGAUUACUACCGCUUCAAUGUGGAGGUGGGCGUGGGCGAGUUCGGCAUGAACGAGUGGAACCGAUUGUCGGAGGUGGCCACGGGCACUCGGCGCUAUCUCACCCAGCGGGAGACGUCGAAACUGGUGAAGGAGUGUGCCGGCAAACUGGUCUCCAGGCACCCAAAAAACCCAAAGCAGCAGUCGCCACAGGUACAGCAGCCGCAGACGCAGCAGCCACAGGUGCAGCCACAGGUGCAGCAGCAACCUCCACCACAAAUACAAUCGCAGCAGCAGCAGCCACCGCCGCAGCGGCGACCUUCACAUCCCCCACCACAACAUCCCCCUCCCCAACGCCCUCCACAACCACCGGCUCAGCAGCAGCACGCCCCACACCCGCAGCCGCAACACCCAAGCCAGCGCCCCAAUGCGAACGUCAAAGUUGCGCCCCAACUCCAGCACAUCAUCAUGCCGGAUGAGAAGAGCUACCGGCAAACCCCGCCGGUAGCGUCCAAUCCGUACGCACCGCCACCGCCGCCGCCGCCGCCACAGGUACCCGAGCAGCCGCUCGCUCCUCCGCCCAAGCCGCAGAAGGUCGGAAAAGUGCUCGUCGCCUCCAAGACGCCCGAGCCGAGCGGAUACUAUGCCGACGACACGCCGAACCCCGAGAUCCGCCUCACCAGCCCCUCCACCGUCGCCGGCGGCUCCGACGACGAGGAGGAUAUGUACAAGGGCUACGGACGCAGACGGAGACGGAAGAGUAGAAGCCGCAGCCGCAGCCACAGCUUGGGCGGGAUCGAUGAGUAA